GGGCGUUGCAAGAAAAUAUUUGCGAUCAAUUGCAAAUAUUCUGUUGCAAAUUUACAACUGAUAGAUCAACAUUAGCUGUAGCAAAUCAGAUUAAACUUCUUUUUUCAAGGAACAAAUUAGCAAUCAUCACUAAUUUUCAAUUAACUAGCUGCAAGACAUAAUAAUAUUAUGAUUGAUUUAGGGACCAAAAAUUGACUUGCAGUUCUUGCAACACCCAAUUAAACUGCGUUCAGAAGCAUCCAUAGGUAUCCAUAGGUAAGUAUAAUAAUAAGACAAUGAUGAUGAUAAAGGAGAGCUCAUUAUAGAUUUACAAAGAUCGAACGGUCAAUUUUUACCGUCACUCGAUUGGGCAUUAAAUCAUAUUUUAUCCAUUCAAUUCGCGGUCACUCGAUGUAAAUUUCAUCUCUUUGUGCCACGGCUUUGGGAACCAUGGACAGCAAUAAUGAAGAGAAACCAAAGUCGUGCUACAUUCGUAGUAAAAAUACAUCUUUCUAUUGAGGCUACAAAGGAGUUAGAUGUCGUUGAUACGUAUAAUACACGUCGAAAGCUGUUUAGUAUUAAGAUGCGGAUCGGAAUGGCUGACCGAAGAUAAGGAAUCAUUUUCACUCCAAAGCUUAAUUUUUGCUUGUCUUACAUGAGAUCUUCUCCAUAUCACCGUAGUGUGAUAAUGGCAUUUCGGAUCAUGUCGCAUUUGUAACGGACUGACAUCAAGAUGAUUUGUGACAUAAUGAAGAUUUUGAACCACCAUGUGCUGUCCAACCGACGGGUCUUGGCUGCAGCGCUGGUGAUAUCGGCCUUCCUACUCCUACUAUCCACGGACCAGAUCUCGGACAAGGAGAAGAUGAGAAAACUCUUGUGCACCCUCUACGGGGACGAGCAGAAAGUUAGCUACGAAAACAACGGCAACGAUUUACAGGCGAGUGUGGAUAGGAUCAAUGAUGAAAUCUCAUUGCUCUCCGCUGAACACACUGGUUCAUUUGAACAGAGGCUACCUCAGGCGAUCGUGAUGGGCGUGCGAAAGUGCGGCACGAGGGCGCUCAUCGAGAUGCUGAGGAUGCAUCCGAGCAUCGCCGCUGCGAAGCCAGAACUUCAUUUCUUCGAUGACUAUUACGAAAAAGGUCUGACUUGGUAUAGGAAGCAGAUGCCUUUUUCCUAUGCAGAUCAAAUCACCAUGGAGAAGACUCCAGCGUACUUUAUCACCAGCGAAGCGCCUGAUAGAAUUUACCGCAUGAAUAGCUCCAUUAAAUUAUUAGCCAUUGUGCGUGAUCCAACAAUAAGGACUAUAUCGGAUUACACGCAGAUCUCGAGUCACACGGCAAAUAAGAAUCGCAAUUUUCCUCGAUUCGAAGACAAGGUACUUCUCAAUGGUGAGAUCGACACCAGCUAUCAAGCUGUACAGACCAGUAUGUACGCCAAUUAUGUGAAGAAUUGGUACGCUUACUUCCCCACUACGCAGAUCAUGUUUGUGGAUGGCGCAAAGCUGAUAGUCGACCCGCUUUCGGAGAUGAAGCGGGUGGAGCAGUUCCUCGGUCUUCAUGACUAUUUCAAUGAGAAAGUGUUUGUGUACAAUGAAACAAAGGGAUUCUAUUGUUUGAAAAAGAAGAAGUUAAGAUGUUUGGGGAGUUCAAAGGGGCAGCCUCAUCCGGAAGUGGAUCCCAAAGUACUUCGCAAGCUUCAGGAUUUCUUCCGCCCGUUCAAUGAAAAGUUCUUUGACCUUGUCGGCAGAAGGUUUGAUUGGGAAUGAAGCAAAGACUUGUCUUGUAUCAGUUCAGGUAUAAACAUGAGGUUGUUUUUAACUUAAAUGUUCUUGCAUGAAGGCUUUACUAACACCAUUGAGGCGUUGGUAAAAUAAUAUUAAAGAUUUAAUAUACAUGUAUAACCCAAGUAAAAAAGCGCAUCUCAUCUGCGGCAGCAAUGCUCAUUUCUGCCAGUAAUUCCGGCCCUACGCGUAGUGCACCUGCAUUUAUAAAGCAUAUAUGCAAUGUGUUGAAUCAUAUUUUCAUAGUGACAAGCGACGUCACCUUUUCCUGACCCGUGCAACGGUACAAUUUGGACGGUGCGUGUGCAACUGUUUGAUUGUUUGACAUUCUGCCUCCCAUUUCCUAGCGUACAACAAGUUAAAUCGUCGUUAUACAAUAAGCAGAAUUCAAUAAAGGGGAACAUUGUAGGGCUAUGACCUACAUGUAGCUUUAUUAUCUAGAAUUGUACAGACUUACAGCAUAUAGGCCUACAUAUUGCCCCACAUAAAUUUACAUGUAUAUGUAAUGCAUGUUUACAAUUAUGCACAGGCAUUGCAUGGAUAAUGUACAAUUGUUCACAUGUACAUACAGAUUUAUGUAUAAAGUGCAUGUAUUGACCUACAGCUUUGAGGGCAUUGUAUAGAAUUGGAUGUGCUGUAAUAAAGAUCAUCUAGAGUUGUACAUGUACAUGUAGACCUGUACUGAAUGUAUUGUAAAUAUACGGUACAUGUACAAUGUAAAAUAUGCCGACAUGUACAUACACUGUACAUUUACACAUGUGGCCAGGAAAACUUAGGCCAUCAGGGAAUGUACAGCACAUGUUGACCUACAUGUAUGAACUAAAAUGCAAACAGUUUGCAUACAUGUGCUUCUCGUAUUUUCUAGCCUGUGAAAUUUUACAUUUAACCCAUAGAAGUACAUGUUCACCUACAGUACAUGUAUACAGCUUUUGUAAGGUAAAAAAUUAAAUCUCCUUUUGCUCUUUAAAUUUGCAACCUUUAUUGAUUUUCUAUUCAUUUUCAUACUUUGAAGAAAUAGAAAACCCAGUAUGGAUCUACAUGUCGCAUGAGUCAAAUGAAAUGAUUAAAGAAUGAAUAACUGAAAGGAUGCUAAUUUUAAUUGCUAGCGUUCAGGAUAAUGAGACAUUUUACAUAUGUACAUGUACCUUGAUCUACAUCCAUGGGCUUUUAAAAAUUAAUCUCCUUUUGCUCCUAAAACUGCCAACACUCAUUAUUUUUCUAUUCAUGUUCAUACUUUGAAAAAAAUAGAAUGAGUAAAAAAAAAUUACUGAUUAAAUAAUGAAUAACUGAAAAGUUGCCAAUUUGCUGUCAUUCAGAAUAAUGAAAAAACCAUACAUUGGACCUGGCUUCGCUAGUGAAGCUGAGCAAACCCUUCACUCGAGUUUAAGAAGGGUCUGAAUGUGCAGCCUACGCAUGCCUUGUGUACUGAAGGCCCUCAAACAGCAAGUUUUGUAUGUGCUAGUCUCAGCAUGGAGAUCAGACACACUUGCUGAUCAAAGGUUGAAUCAGGGUCUGUGCCUGCAGACUAUUGACACCCCCAUAGCCCAUACAUGUAGAAGUACUGAGGACUGUUGGAACACGUCCCUGGUCAGACACUAGUCUGCUGGGCAAACCCUUCACUCGAGUUAAGGGUCUGAAUGUGCAGCCUACUCAUGCCUUGUGUACUGAAGGCUCUCUCUGUAUUGGAACAGCAAGUUUUGUAUGUGCUAGUCUUUGCGUGGAGGCACACUUAUUGAUCAAAGUUCCAAUCAGGGUCUGUGCCUGCAGACUAGUCAGACACUGCUUGGACUAUCUUUUGUGUGUCUGCAUACAUGCAUGUAUAGAACCUUACAUUGCCAGCUCACUUUGUAUAGGGCUCCAUGAAUACAGGAAAUCUUUUGUGUUUACACAACCUUGCUACAUUUUCCAACCAUUUGGUAGUAGGCCUAUACAUUAUAGGCUUACCCGUAGCCUUUAAAGAGGAAAUCCACCUUUAACACAAUUUGGUUUUAUUUCAAUGAAAGCAGAAAGAUGGGAGAAAAAGUGGUAAAUGAAGGUUUGAUGAAAAUUAAUCAAAGAAAACUUUCAUGGAUUUUAAAGAGUUUUUUUUUUGUACAGCAGCUGCCUGAUAGAUGCUAUCCAACAUAGAUUCCAGAACUACAUGUAUGCACAUUUUAUUAUCAUCCACAAUUAAUGAAAAUACAGUGUGUUUUUUCUCAUCAAAAUGUGUGUAUGAAUUUUUUUUUUAUUAUUAGUGAAAUGUACUAGAAAUAAUAAAACCCUUUCAAUUUUCUGAGAAACUAUGAAUUUCAUGUACAUGUAGGUUGAAAUAUCUCCUACAUACAUGUACAUGUACCACUUACUGUACGUGUCAGAUCUCCCCAGUCGCAACUUAAAACUUUAGAAGCCUACAACAUGUAGAUAAAUAUGUUUCUCUUUGUGGAUGUUUCUCUUGUUUUUAUUAAAUUUUUAAUCUAAUACAUGUAUUUCAUUUAAGCCAAACUGAUACCAGGGUUAUUGUUCCUUUAAAUCUAUUCUCCUGACCUGUUUGUAUUGUAUGAAGGUUAUGUGACUUUUCUCCAGAGUUUUCUUUUUUUUUUCUAAAAAAAAAUCUAGCUUAACAAAACCAUAGAAGUGUUAUGUAGAGCAUACAUGUAUCAUGGAGACUGCCAAUAAUAUUAAAGGGGAAGUUGAUCCAGAAGGAAAGUUUGUUGGAAAAAAAUACUACAGAACAAAGUGUUGAAAAAAUAUUGAUGAAGGUUUGAGCAAAAUCCAAAGAUAGUUGUAGUUUUUGAUUUGUGACGUUAUAUUCGAGCAAUAUGCAUAAUUUUCAAGUGAUCAGUUUACAUGUAUUAUGACUUUUUUUUUUUUUUUAGGAGUGUCGAUUUUGUCUGUCUAUAUAUCGAUUCAUGUACAAUAAAAAAAAAAAUCAUUUUUAAUUGAUUGAGUAAAUGACAUUUCAUUAUUUUUUUAUGCGGGGAAGCUGCUCCCAUACGUGUAUGACAUCAAAAAUAAUAAUGAAUUUUCCUCAAACCUUUACCAAUAUUGUUUUUCAGCUGUUUUUACAAUAAAAAUUUUGUCAGGAUGAACGUCCCCUUUAAAAAAAAAUCUAUUUGGUUUAUUCAGGAAGCCCGCUUAAACCUUGCAGGGAUGAGCGUAAUUGGCUGGUACUGAGGGCAAAUUUGUAGAAAAUGUUUAAACAUGUUUUCUCGAAACAUAGACGUACAUGUAUUACAAUAGGUCCCUGCUCAAAAUCACUGGUUUUGUGCUUUAAAUUUUUUUUUUUACAUGACUCUGAAGUCAGAUCUUGAUCCUGAAGAUGGCACAUUCAUUUAAAAAUAGUAUAGAUGUAGAGACUGUUGAUGCAAAGUGAAUGUGCAAGUGGCCUUUAGUGAAAAUGUCCUAUAAUCUUGGACAGUACAUGUAUUUAUUAUUACUUACGAUUUUUUCCGUUGUUCCAGUGUACAUGUAGGCCUAGUUGAGGGGUCAAUUCUGUUUUACAUGUAUUUCUAGACAUAGGCGGCGGAAGCGGGGGGGACGUGUCCCCCCUAAAUUUUAGGUGGGGGGACGAACCCCUCCUAAAUAUUUUGUUGAUUACCUUUUUUUUUUUUUUUUUUUUUUGCUUGUCAAUUUUUUUUUCUGCGUCCCCCCUAAAAUUUUUGGUUGAUAACCUUUUUUUUUUUUUUGCUGGUCAAAAUUUUUUUGUGGUCCCCCCUAAAAUUUUGGCUUCCGCCGCCAAUGUUUCUAGAUCCACCCUGACAUGUAUUACAUGUAGAAAGAUAAAGGUAAUUUAAUAGAAUCAUGUACUGGAGCUCCAUGUACUUCUGGCAUGAUUUGAGUUAAAAAAAAAAGAAACUGUUCAAUUUUAAGGGUGGAUUGACAAUCCCUUUUAAUACAAUACGUGUGUGUACUUUAUAUGAUGUUCAUCCUUAAAAAUUAUGUUCUUUGUUUGUAUAGUGUACAUGCAUGUUUGUAAAGCUUUCAAUGGCCUGUAAUAUACUGUAUAUUGCUCCAUUUUUCUUCUAUUUAUUAAUCCUGUGAUAUUGUGUACGUGCAUCUUUAUGUAAGUGAACUUCUACAAUAUGUACAUGUAGUACAUGGAGGUAAACAAUUUGAUUGACAUGUAUUUUCUACAUCUACAGAAGAAACAUGAACACUAAUGUGGUCUACGUGUAAAAAAACCCAUGUGAUUUAGUUUGUUUGUAAUCAUGAAAUCAGUAAAACUUACGAAUUAAACACUGUUAUGCUGUGCAUGUACAUGUACUUUCAGGGGUCAUGAGAGAAACAUUUUGAAAUAAUGUCAGUAUUUAUUGAUAGUGGGUUCAUCAAGAGGUACAUGUAGUCAUGUACAUGUACACUUCUGAACAUUGAUUCUUUGUUGCAUUCUUAACAUGUGGUCGCCUUAUGGCUUGUCAAUGGUGAUCUAACAUUACCGGUGGAGUAAACUAUACACAUGUACAUUUACAUUGUACAGUAUGUUUUUUAUGCCAAAUUUCUAGGGCCCCAUUGCAUAAAAGUUACCAUUAUGGCAAUGGUAUUUUCAUGGAAUCCUUUUAAUUGGCUGAGGAGUAUUACAGUAACCAUGGUAGUUACCAUUAGAGAGCAAAGUUACCAUACAUGUAAUAGUAACUAUUGUGCAAUGGGGCUCAAGUAGUAUCAUGAAGCGUACAAUGUGAAUGUGUAAGGAGAACACUUUGUAUGCUCUGUUUUUAUUAACACUUCUGAGAAAAUUUGGACGUUUUGUAAACUAGCUCUUGUAUCACAGAAUAAAAUCAUGUGAAUUACUA